AUGGCAGACAUCAACUUAGUCUCCGCUAGAGCGAUAUGCACAACAUGCGCCAUAUCCGAUGAACUGGCCCAGGAAAUUGUCAGGACACGACGCCGACAUGGUCCAUUUCGUUGUCUAGUGGACCUUUGGAGGGUCAAGGGCAUGUCAAACACUGUGGCGGGAGUCCUGUCUUCUAUGUACCACAUCAACAAUGACACAAGCACACGGCGUUUCCCAACAAAGAACAUUUAUCCCAGGGUUUCCGAGACUGUUUCACCAAGAACUAGGGAAAAAAAUUCACAAUCUAGAGACGAAAGACAUCGAUCACGCUCAUCAAGUCGCAAAGAUAAGAACGUGGGGAGGGUCACGUUUGACGAAGAACAGGAAAUGGUAUCUAUUGCCGUCAAAAACGCCAACGGCGAAGAGCACAACACUCUAGCAAGGACGGCUCACGUACAGAAAUCUCCAUCUGGUAACAAAUUGUAUAUUAGAUGUGAGGGUAUUAGGGAAUAUCAUAUUACGGGAGCUAAUCCAAUAAAUGGUGUCAGCAGAACAUCUUCAGAGGCAAAGGAGUAUAGCGAUGCUUGCGCAGAACAGAGUAACAAUCUCGGAAAUUCAAUCAAUCCAAUCAGCCCCAGAAGAAACCGUCUUAGGGGCGAAUUAUCAAAAACAAAGUUGGAAUUUUGGAAUCGCAUAGAGAAGGGCAAAAAGGAGCUGGAAUUGUGUGAGAAACGACUGAAUUCACCAAGAGAAAAUCAAACAGCAAAAUGGAUUCGUUCUUUACCAGGCAAUGUACAAAUCAAUGCACAAAACUCCUUUUUUGAACCGCAAGCUGUCCAAAAUGUUCCUGUGACGAGCAAGCAAUACAUCUCGCCAGAAAGACUCAACAUUGGUCAUUCUCGUGGUCGAAAAGGCGAAAAACGGAAAAGGAGUACAGGCAGGAAAGCGGCAGAUCCAGGUGCGCCUCUCAAAAAUGCUGCUGGGACAAGAGAACGAAGGCCUUCAAAAAGACGUAAAACGAGUCCUUCUCGUGAUAGGAAAAAGAAGAGCGGUAAAAAAGACGACAAAAAGAAAACGCGUCGCGACCGCAAAAAGCCUUCUCGUGAUCGUAAAAAGAAGAGUAAUCGAAAAGACGAGAAAAAGAAAAAGUCUCGUGGUCACAAAACAGAGGCCUCUGAUGAUGAUUUUUGUAAUAUAUUAUAA